AGUCCUUAUAUAAACUUCAUCUUCUUCGUCUUCUUCUUCCGCAAUCUUCACUUCUGCAUCCAUCGAAACCCUAACCCCACCAGUCUAUCAAUCCCUCUCCAUUCACAUCCAUAUAUCUUCCCUUUAUCGCUCGAAAUCUUCAUCUUCAUAUGCGAUCUCGUGUUCCUGCAAUCGGAUGCGGCUUUUACUAGUCUUCUUUCUCUCAUCCGAACGAUAAAUCUACAGAUCUUAUCAGGAACGCGUAGAGCUUAUAAAAAAAGUGGAGAAAACAAAUUUGUAUUGCCGAAUCUUAAGCUACAUAGAUAGAAUUUCAGUGGUCCAGUGAUCGUUUUGAAACAUAAAAAGGAAGAAAUCUUAUUCCUCUCCGAUUAUCUGUGUUGGAUUUUGACGAAAGUUUGAUAUAUAUAUUUUUUGUGUUUGAUAUUGUUUAUAUCGGUUACUGCUUGUGUUGUUGAAUCUGAAAGUGCGGACUGCGAUUUCAGAAUCUGCAAUUUCAUCGUGCUUUUUUAGCUUGUGUUUUUUGAGCGAGCGCGAGUUCUGAGAAUUUUCAUAGGAUAUGGUGGGAGGUAAGAUCAAGAAGGAGGAGGGGUCGUUUGUGAUGAGCAAUUCCAAUGUUUUUGCUGCGCUUGAUAGUUUGAAGAAGAAGAAGAAGUCUGAUAAAGAGAAGGGAUCUUCCAAGAAGAAGCAUACGGUCGAGGUUGUCAAGGAGCCUCCUGUGAUCUGGUCUCCAGCUCCAUUGAAGGUGAAAUCGUGGGCUGAUGUUGAAGAUGAAGAUGAUGAUGAUUACUAUGCUACCACUGCCCCUCCUCAAUCUUUGUGGGGCCUUAACCAACCUAAUGCAAAGAAACCUGAACCUGUGGAGGAAAGUGAGAGUGAUGAAGAUCUACUUGGUGAAGUUGAUGAUGAUGGUGAGGAUGAGCAUGAACAUGAACAUGAACACAAAGCUGAUGUCUCUCAGCAUUCUGAGCCUAUCCAGAGCAAGGCUGCAGUGACUUCACAAGCACCCAAGGAAGCAGAGCGACAGCUUUCAAAGAAGGAGAUACGGAAGAAGGAACUUGCCGAACUGGAAGCUCUUUUGGCUGAUUUUGGUGUUGCACAGGGUGACAAGGUUGCAGGGGAAACAUCUGAUGCUGCACAGGAGAAGAUAGAGGCGCAACAGCAAGAAGAGGAGUCGGAAAAGAAGAAUGGCGGACCCGGAGAAUCUAAGGCUGCAAAGAAGAAGAAAAAGAAGGAUAAAUCAGCAAAGGAAUCACAGGAACAGAAGCAACCAGACAAAAGCUUGGACUCAGAGGUGAUCAAUGGAGGUGGGACCGAGCAGCCAGCCGAAGAAUCAUCAUCAGCAUCAUCAUCAGUUGUAAAUUUGGAGAGACUGAAGAAGGUUGCUUCUACAAAGAAGAAGAAGUCGAACGCCACAGAUGCCGCUGCAAAAGCUGCUGCCAUGGAGGCUGCCGCCAGGAAUGCAAAGCUUGCUGCAGCUAAGAAGAAGGAGAAGAACCAUUACAACCAGCAGCCGACUCGGUAAGAAGACAAAAAAAAAAUGAAUACGAGGUUUUAAUCACCAAGCCAUAGCGAUGAAAGUUAUCGGUUCUCUGGAUGCAGUAAGUAGGGAUUGGUAAUUUUUUUCAUCCUUUUGCGGACUAUGCAAUAAAAUGGGGAGUUGAAGGCUUUGAGAGGUUUUAUUUUUUGGUUGACAGUUUAGAUCUAGAAAUCUAAAGAACUCUUUCUUUUCUUGCCAGACAAUUCUUUUUUGUUUUGUUUAAAUGGAAGUGAUACUUGAUGUGUAUCAUAAUAGCACUUUCUUCUAUCUUCUACGAGUAAUAUUUAUAAAUUCCAUGUCAAUUU